AUGGCUGUUAUAAAUCAGCCUUCCGGCCAAAUAAAAUUGACCAAUGUGUCUUUGGUCAGACUGAAAAAGGCAAAAAAGCGGUUUGAAGUAGCUUGUUAUCAAAAUAAGGUUCAAGACUAUCGUAAUGGCGUUGAAAAGGACUUAGAUGAGGUGCUGCAAAUUCAUCAAGUCUUUUUGAACGUCUCAAAGGGCCUUGCAGCCCCUAAAGAUGAUCUUCUAAGCGCGUUUGGGACUACGGACCAGGAUUUAAUCAUUAUAGAGAUUUUAAACAAAGGUGAAAUUCAACUUUCUGAGAAGGAGAGGCAACUCAUGCUGUCCAAGAUAACUAAUGAGAUCCUCACGCUAGUUAGCGCGAAGUGUAUCAACCCGAAAUCUAAAAAGCGGUAUCCUCCUACUAUGAUUUACAAAACGCUAACAGAACUUAAAUUCAAUGUAGUACUAAAUAAGUCCGCAAAAAUCCAGGCACUUGACGCGAUAAAGCUGCUUGUUUUAAAACAGCUUAUCCCAAUUGUAAGGGCGAAGAUGAAGGUUAAAGUAAGAGUCCCUAAACAAGGCAACGAUGACCUCAUCGAAAAACUAAACAGAUUAAUCAGUAGAACAGGAGACUCAGUAGCGCCGGAAGAGGAACCGCAGUUCUGGGAGAAAUCUGGGCUAAUAGACCCUGUAAGCUAUAGGGAAAUAAGUGCUCUCUGUAAUAAAGUAGGAGUAUUGCAAGUGCUCGAUAUGGCUGUCAUUGACGAUUCUAAUGAAUAA